AGAGGGAACAUUUGUGGUGCUAGAAGAAUCGAAAGUGUGUUUUGCUGAACCUGUAAACUGGUGCAAACUGGGCCAAGGGGUUUUACUCAGUACUGCGUGAUGGCAAGGAAAAAAAGCAAACAACAAGGAGUCGGACAUAAGGAUGGGGUAGCUGGUCAGCAAAGCAUAUCGAAGAGCCCCGUCUCUCCCGGCGAUGCAGCUGGCGGUGGUGGCGGAGAUGCUGGGUUGGAUAGACUGGCUAGGGCGAAUCAGUCCAUGCAUACCUGCUGUUUGCUGUGUCAUCGGGAGUUUAAGGACUGGGGAGCAGGUCAGGUCAAUGGGCUUCCCAGCCACGGGUCCAAACUGGUGGAUGCAGUGCCUGCCCUGUCCCAGGCUCUGCUGAGAGAGGUGCCAGGUCGUAAGCUAGCAGACGCCGUGCCCUCGCUCUCACAGUCACUGCUGGGCGAGGUGCCGCUGUGGAUCUGUCAGAGCUGUAAGAAAAGUAUGGAGGAGGAGGACAGGAGGACAGCGCAGGAGCAGAACACACAGGUACCCUUGUCACACUCCUCAUGUAAAUCACAGAACUGUGGGAAUGGUUACCCUGAACAGAGUUCGGUGGACUGGGACCCCAGCUCUUUCUUGUCCGCACGCAAGCUUUCCGGCUUGUGGAACUCGGCCCACACCAAUGGGAGUGCACAUUGUGCUCACAGUGCUGCCUCCCACUCACAACAAGGUGGAACAGUGGGACCAAUGUGUCAUGAGAAGAGACCCUCUCAUGAGGCACCUGGGAAGGCUGCUAAGACAUCUGCAAGCAAGGUCUGUCCCUACAGUCAUCCAGCAUCCCAGAAUUCCAGCGCGACAUCUCCAGGGACUCCACUGUCUACCUCCUCAGAUCAUUGUAAGACCACCCCAAAGCACUUCAAGACAAUGUGCAGGCGACCAACACCGCCAGGUGAAGCUUUCCACCCAAAUGACCACCACCAACACUCAGAUCUAUCAGUGCCACCAAACAGUCCCACUGGUCUGUCCUCCCAGCAUUCCUCUCUGCUGCCACCUAAACAAACCUCCAGUCAGCACGUUCAUGGCAACUCACCUAACUCUGGGCUGGCAACGCAUACCCCUUUUUCCCCACUGGUACCAAACCUCCAUGUUCCUGGGUCCAAACACCAGAGUGGACCAGACAGUCCUGCUGCUCUUCACAAACCCAGCGCGUGCAAGAACAACCACAUUCCUGCUGUCAAUACACAACACAGUAAACUGAGUGCAUCGCUCAUGGCCUGUAACCACCCCUGCAAUGGACACAAUAGUGGGACUGUUACCUCCUCUAAUUCUGGGCACUUAACAUCUGGUGCAUGCAGGGACCAGGCUUGUAAAGGGCACAAACUAGCCAAUGGGACGUUGUGUCACGCUUCAAGUGAGCUGGAGGAGGGGGAAGAUGAGGACAGCAGCUCAGAACGCAGUUCUUGCGCUUCCUCAUCCACCAAUCAGAAAGAUGGAAAAUACUGCGAUUGCUGCUACUGCGAGUUCUUCGGCCAUAAUGCGCCCCCAGCAGCCCCCACCAGUCGGAAUUACGCUGAGAUCCGAGAGAAGCUGCGUUCCAGGCUGACCCGGCGUAAAGAGGAGCUCCCACAGCGUCAGGACUUGGACCCAGCCAUGCCCAGCACCAUCGACCACAGGGAUGUGGAUGAGCUUCUGGACUUCAUCAAUAGCACAGAACCCAAACCCGUUAACAGUGCCAAGGCUGCUAAACGUGCACGCCACAAGCAGAAGAAAAAGGAGAAGGAGAGGGCCCAGCAGAACAAUGUAGAACCUGCCACCAGUGAUCCCAGAGCUUCACCUCCAGAGCCCAUGGAGGAGUCGACUACAGAGGGAGAGGCCAGUCGACUUCUGGAGUGGCCACAGCUGGAGCUGGAGCGGGUCAACAGCUUCCUCACCAGUCGACUGGAAGAGAUAAAGAACACCAUCAAAGACUCCAUCCGUGCCUCUUUCAGCAUGUACGACCUCAACCUGGAUGUAAAUGACUUCCCCAAAAAGGCUGCCACCCUCGAGGGGAACCACCUACUGUCACACCUCAAUGGCUCCUCAGACUUUCAGCAAAUCGACCUGGACCUAGCUCCUCUGUCCUUGAGGAACUUCAAGAGAGACCUGGAACUGGUCAACGGUUGGGAGGAUUCCACAGCUGCAGCUAAGGAUAUCCAACGUCUCCAUUCCACGCCCAGCCUCUCUAAACUCAUUCGCGUGCGUUCGCCUGAAAGGUGCCCUGCUCCUUGCACUGAGACCACCCAGCCAACCACAACCCCAGCAGCAAAAUCCAAGGAUGAGGCUCCUGAUGCUAAGAACGCCACUGGAGCUGGUGCCAAGACAAAGAAAGGCAAGAAGCAACAACGGCAGCAGGACCAACAGAUCCAGGAGCAGACGUCAGCAAAGUCUGGCAAAACUGUACCUGGAAAUGAAACACAGAAAUCCCUGGAAACCAGGGUAGCUGAUUCAGACAAAGGCCUCAAAGGAGGAUCUAAACAGCCUCCGCAGGGACAGCAUCCGACAGAACCUCAAAGGACGGGGAAUAAGAAAACUGACGAGUCCAAGGCACCCAAACAGGCCAACGGAGCAACAGGCAAUGCCUCUAAUUCUGGGACUGCUACACAGAAAGGUAAAACUGACGCUGACACACGGGGGAACAGGCCUGAGCAUGAGGUGGAGUCUAAGGCCAUUUCCAGCACUCCAGCAAACUCACAGCAACAGCCUAAGGGGAAGAAUAAGAAGAACAAAAAUAAAGCGGAUAAAUCUAGCAAUACAAUAGAUGACGUGUUCCUCCCCAAAGACUUGGACCCUACGGAAAUGGAUGAGAUCGAUCGUGAGGUUGAGUAUUUCAAGAGGUUCUGCCUUGAUUCUGCAAAACAAACCCGUCAGAAAGUGGCUGUUAACUGGUCUAAUUUCAGCCUCAAAAAGAUGCCCUCAAAUGCCGCUCAGUAACAGAUGGACGGAUCGAUGAUUUUAAACUGACUCCCCAAUUUCCCAACAUGACUGUACUAAAGACACCAGAUUGGCCUGAGCUCUGUUUCCGUUCCCUCUUUUUCCGUGUCUAAACCGAGGACCACACAGAUCUGAUGUAUCUUCUAUCGACAAAAUUGUAAUUGUUGCAAAGGACCUUACACAAGCCCAACUC